AUGUUAACAGCUAAUGACACCACCUGCCCCGUUCAAGUCCCUGGCUACACCCACAACGGCGACUGCAGUCUCCUCUGCAGACCCUCGAACUGGAAGGAUAUCACCAUCUUCUUUCUCGGCAACUACGGCGCCCAUGUGGCGACUGUGUUUGCCACGCCAGGCCAGAGCAGUCUCACCACCGCCCUGAGCCUGCUCCUCGCCCUCUGCUUCCCCGGCGCAGGGGUCCUGACUGGUCUGGAGGCCAUCACCAGCAGGGCUCUGUUCGCGCCCACCGAUCUCACCAGGGCUGCGCGCGCUGGCGCCCUCUGCAUUGUCGCGAAAACUCCCAAGCGGCUUGAUGAAGGGGCAGCGGCCGACCUGCCGAGUUCCAGCCAGUCAUCGUCGGGGGGCUCGUUGAGCGGUGAACCUCAUCGCCCGAGUUCGAGUCCGUCCACUCGCCAUACCGCAUCCCCGUCGGAGCCUGAGGGGAUUGAGUUGACGACGUCUCAGACCAACGAGUCUACGGGUUCCGCCUCGCCGGUUGGACGAGUUUCCGUUUCGGCCGCCCAAGACGACACGACCCAGCAAGAGAAGCCUAGUGUCGCGCUCGCAGAGAGCCAGCAUGACACGUGCGAACAAGACGAUGAUGAUGCCGAGGAUGGUGUGUACUCGCCCCCUGACUUCGCGGCCACUCAAGUGCAAGGCGUCCGUCGCAUGCCAGCCGGUUAUAAGCUGAUGGUGCUGCCGUCUUGGACGACCUUUGAAGAUGACGAGCCGGGGGAGGGCACGGCCAAGCGCGCUCGCAUCCAGACAAACUACAGCGUCAUCAAGGUGCUCGUCUCCCUCGGACAGCUCAUCUUCGCCGUCGUGACGCUGUACGAGGCGCGCGGCAACCAGAUCGAGGUGUACGGGUACGCCGCGUUCGGCCUUACGGUGGCGCCCUACAUCUGGAUGUCCUUUGUCAACCUGCUUGCCAACUUGCUGUGCCCGCAGUACUCAUCCAUGCUGCUCAUCGGCUCGCCGGCCCUCGACGAGAUGCGGCGCGAGCUCGCGGAGCGCGGCCUCGAGCGCGAGUACCCCAUCGACGGCACCGUAGGGCGCAUCUCGGCAGACAUGGAGGAGCGCGUGACGAAGCACCGCGCCGUCUUCCUGGCGAGCCCGAGCGCGUUUUACACAUUCUUCGCAGCGCUGGACUCGAAGACGGGCAACGUCAGGAAGACGUACAUCAUCUUGCUGCGCGUCUAUCUGGCCGUGGGCGUCGCCGCCAUGCCCAUCGUCAUUGUGGGCGUCCUCUCGCGGUUCAAGCCGGGCAGCAGCGCGGCGUCUGAACGAGUGUGGACGAUGAUGUGGCUGUGUCUCGGCCCCGUGGUCGGUGCCGGCCUGGGAACCGUGAUCCGAGGCGUCAUGGAGUCGCGGCCGGUGCUGUGGCUGCCCGUGCUCGUGUCCAGCCCAAGAAGGCCGCCUCCUGUCGACCAGGACGAGGGGUCGGGGGAGACCGGACGUCGCCCGCGGACAAGGGCGUCUCUUCUGACGGGACCCGGAGGCAAAGAGGAGCGUGAGGCACAGGACGGAAAGCGGGCUUCCCUAGCGGACAUGAGAAUGCAGCUGCUCGUGUUUGGUCUCAUCGCUUGGUUCCUCAUGUUGUACAUGGUUCCGGCCAUUGGUGGAUUUGUGGUUGUCGGUCAGAUGCUCGUGGCCUAUGGAAGCUGCACCAAGAUAGAUUAG